UUUCAGGCAAUUUCUCUGGAACAGUAACGAUGGCACGACGUCCGUUUGUUUAUUGGGCACAGAACGAAAGAUUACUUUACCUUACGAUUGAUUUGAAAGAUUCAUCGAAUGCCAAUUAUGCUAUAAUGGGUAAUAUUUUUGAGUUUCGUGCUACCGGAGUUGGUGCACAUGGUCGAUGUGAAUAUUCCUUUCAGCUGCCGUUAUUUGCAGAAAUAGAGAUGGAAAAGACCGGUCAGGAAGGUGGAAGCAAAUUGUUGUAUGUUUUGAAGAAAAAGAAUGCCAUGUGGUGGCCUACUAUUCUGAAGGAUGGUAGUCGAUAUUCUUGGCUUCGAAUCGAUUUCGAUCGAUUCGAAGAUCCAGAUGGAACUGAAACAGAAGACGACUAUGAAAUGAUAAAUAUGAAAGCACGCACACCGGAAGCAGAGAUGGAUGCGAUAACACAGCGCAUUUUUGAAGAAUACCGCACUAAAUCAAAAACGGAAACACAAUUUAUUAAUGAAGUAAAACAGUUCGCCAAAAAGUGUAACCACUUGCUGACUCAUUAUCUUUUUGCAUAUAACGUAUCAUUGUUUAUUCUUCAUGCAUAUUUACUGUUUACUUUGCUCUUCAAAUUCUUCAAUGCUGGAAAUGAAUAUUGCACCUCAUUUUGGCAAAAUAAUGCCAACAUUAUAAAAAUUGCAACAGGUUUGCAGCUAAUUGACGUUGCACAUGCAUUAGUCGGUUUGACAAAAGGUAAUUACCGAGUCGGGCUUUUACAGGUUUGUGGACGUUUAGCAUUCAUAUAUGUUAUUGAUGGCUACCCAGAUAUACAGAGUUCAUGGACUACUUAUGUUCUGAUAAUUGCAUACUUUUCGAUUGAAAUCUUCCGAUAUCCGUACUAUGCGGCCAGCAGUUUAAAAAUUGAAAUUUCGUUACUCACGUGGUUGCGAUACAAUAUGUGGAUAUUACUUUAUCCAGUUGGUUUACUUCUUGAAGGUCUAACCUUGUAUCGAUCUAUUCCUUAUUAUCACCGAACUGAAAAAUAUAGUAUUAAACUACCUAAUGUUGCAAAUAUAGGCUUCAAUUUCAGUUUUGUUCUUGGAAUAUUUUUUCUGUUCGUAUUCCCUUUUGUGGCAGUGCACUUAUUGAGGCAUAUGUGGUUGCAGCGACGCAAAAAGUAUGAAGAUCUAGUUAAAAAACUGGCUUAAAAAGGGUAGACAGAUUUAUCGAUAUUAAUCGGAUUGCAACAUAUUUCGCAUGAUGCGAAUUAUUUAAUUAAUGAAAUAUUGCAUCCAGUUUCUCCACUGAUUUGAAAAGACUUUUUCAAGUGAAUUAUAU